UUUUUUUUAUUUUUCUAAGAAAAAAAAUUAACAUGAUAGUAGAGAAAUCGGAUCAACCUUUAACACCUACAAUGAAUUGGGAGAAACAUGUCAUUUUUAUAUUAAAGUCUUUUUUUGAGGACUCAUCGACAGUGACAUUACAUACUCAACAUUUGCGCAUGGGAAACACAUAUUGGGGUCUCAAUGCUCUUUAUUUACUUCUACCAGGAACUGAUUUACCGCAUGGUUUAAGCUCUAUCUGGACAUCUUUAAUGACAUCCCAUUCUAUGUCUGGUUUGUUUGAAGGAUCUGAUAUUUUUAUACAAAAAGUAACGGAGUUUAUACAAAUGUCAAAAGAUUCUUUAGGUGGAUAUGGCUAUGCUCCACAACAAGAUGCACAUUUAACUUCAACAUUGUAUGCUAUUUGUUCUUUAAUAAUCUUGGGUUCGUUUCAACUUGUUGUAAAGGAACGGGAUACUUUGAGCCAGUGGAUUGUUUCUUUACAAAAGCCAGAUGGUUCGUUUAGUGGGGAUAAAUGGGGAGAAGUUGAUGCUCGUUUCAUGUACUGUGCCGUUGCAUCCUUACAAUUGUUAGGAAAUCUCCACUUACUUAAUAAACAGGCUGCUGUCACUUGGAUUCAAAGGUGUGAAAAUGAGGAUUCUGGUUUUGGUGGCAUUCCUGACGCAGAGUCUCACGCUGCAUAUACGUAUUGUUGUGUUGCAAGCUUAUUUCUUCUUGGAGUUUCAGAAGAUGUUGUGGAUGCAGAUAAGUUAGGGUACUGGCUAGCCGAGCGUCAGCUUCCAAUGCCCUGUGGGGGAUUCAAUGGCAGACCUGAAAAAGCUUCAGACGUGUGUUAUUCAUGGUGGAUUGUCGCCUCGUUGAACUUAAUAAAUCGAGAUCACUGGGUAGACGCUAACGCGUUAGAAACAUUUAUAGUUAAUUCUCAAGAUGAAUUUGACGGAGGUAUAGCGGAUUCUCCCGGUAAUAUACCUGAUGUCUUUCAUACAUUUUUCGGUCUUGCUGCUCUGUCUCUCAAUGGGAAAAUCUCAGGAAAAUCAAUUCACCCGGCUUAUUGCAUUAGUCACGAUUUGAUCAAAAAACAAAAAUGUAGUAGUAUUCACUAUUGAUAUAGAGAAUGGACCUACAAAAUUGAAGUAUUCCUUCAAAUACCCUAGUAGUAACAUCGUAUUAUACUGACAAAGAUAAGAAUUACAAAGUCUUUAAUUAGUCACCCGCGAAAAACUAAAACAAGAAAUUAUGUUUAAAGCUAUUAAAAGAUUUAGCAUGCUUGUAUAUUACCUGAAGCAUCUAACUGCGUAUCAUUUUGUAAUCUCAUGCUAAUAAAAGAAUCCAAAGAUAUUUGUUUUAAUUAACAGAUAAACAAAAUACUAUUUUUUUAGUUAAUCUGCAAUCAAGUUCAAUUUUUCCGCUAACAAAA